UCUCCCCAUCGCUUCACGCCGAACCAGAACCAUUCAUCUCUCCCCUCCUUCAGGCUUCAACAUCCGGGUCAUCCGCCAGGAUCUGUCUCCUGCGUCUGUGUCUGACAGAGUGAGAAUUGUUCCGUCCGCCGCCGCGCCGCGCCGCAGCUCUCCUCCCCCGACCGCGCGCCUCGCCGAGCGGACACUGCGCUUAGCCUUCGCCGGCGACGAUGGAGCCCCGAGCGCCGUGAAAACCGCAGCCGGGUCGCGCGCACAAAGCCGGGGGAUGAGACGGUGAGGAGAGGCUUCGUGUAUGGGCUAGCCCGCGGUGAUUAACUCGCCCGAACCAUGUCGAAGAGCCUCAAGAAGAAAAACCACUGGACCAACAAAGUCCACGAAGCGGUGAUCACCCGUGGGAAGGAGGGAGAGCUGGGCUUCGAGCUGAAGGGGGGCGCGGAAAACGGCCAGUUCCCCUACUUCGGCGAGGUGAAGCAGGGGAAGGGACUGAUCCAGAGCGGAAAGCUGGCCCAGGAUGAGCUGCUGCUUGAGGUCAACGACAUGCCAGUGGCCGGGCUCACCACCCGGGACGUGCUGGCCGUGAUCAAGCACUGCAAGGACCCGGUCCGCUUCAAAUGUGUCAAGCAAGGGGGGGUAGUUGACAAAGACUUGCGGCACUACCUCAACCUACGCUUCUCCAAGGGCUCAGUGGACCACGACCACCAGCAGAUCAUCAGAGACAACCUCUACCUCCGCACUGUUCCCUGUACCACCAGGCAGCCUAAGGAGGGGGAGGUGCCAGGGGUGGACUACAAUUUUGUGAGCGUGGAGCGUUUUAUGGAAUUGGAGCAAAGUGGAGCCCUGCUAGAGAGUGGAACCUAUGAAGAUAACUUCUACGGGACACCGAAACCUCCAGCGGAGCCGUCCCCCGCAGCCCCUCCUCUGAAUGUGAGUGAGGCUCUGCUUCCCGGAGCCCGGCCGAGCGCCCAGGGCAAGAGAAAGAGGAACCAGUCGGUCAGCAACAUGGAGCAGCGCGCCAGCCUGGAGCCACCCGAGGAGGAGGAAGAGGAGAGCCCAGUUGUCAAUGGCAACGGGGUGGCCAUCACACCAGAGUCCAGUGAACAUGAGGACAAGAGCACAGAUGCCUCUGGGGAGGUUGCAGCUGAAGGGUCCAGCCAGGCCCCGGCAUCAUCCGAGCCUCCCACUGAAGGGGAGGAGGUCCCAAAAUCUCCCACCAAAUCCCCCAACAAAGUCCCUGAUGUAGAUGAGGAAGAGCUGGGUCCUCUGCCUGACAACUGGGAGAUGGCCUACACAGAGAAGGGAGAAGUUUACUUUAUAGAUCACAACACCAAAACUACAUCGUGGCUCGAUCCGCGACUAGCGAAGAAAGCAAAGCCACCCGAGGAGUGCAGGGAGGAUGAGCUGCCCUAUGGCUGGGAGAAGAUAGACGACCCCAUCUACGGCAGCUACUAUGUCGAUCACAUCAAUCGAAGGACUCAGUUUGAAAAUCCCGUCCUUGAAGCCAAGCGACGUCUGGAGCAGCAGAGACAGAUGCAGAGCCAGGGCCUCUCUGCUCUGCCUUUACCCACAAUAUACCGAGAAAAGCCGUUGUUUACGAGGGACCCGACCCAGCUGAAGGGCACCUUCCUGUCCACGGCCCUGCAGAAGAGCAACAUGGGAUUCGGCUUCACGAUUAUUGGAGGCGACGAGCCCGACGAGUUCCUGCAAGUGAAGAGUGUUAUACCAGAUGGACCCGCCGCUCAGGACGGGAAAAUGGACACAGGGGAUGUCAUCGUCUACAUUAACGACAUCUGUGUGCUCGGGACUACUCACGCUGAUGUUGUGAAGCUCUUCCAGUCCGUGCCGAUUGGCCAGAGCGUCACGCUUGUGCUCUGUCGCGGAUACCCGCUGCCCUUCGACCCCGAGGACCCGAACGCCGCGGCGAGCACCUCCCUCACGCCCAUCGGGUUGGAGCACCGCCCGCUGGUGGUGAACGGACGCGGCAGCUACGAUCCCUACCUGGAGUAUCUGUCGCUGAGCUCCCAGCUGCCUCCUCAGGCGCUGGCGCAGGCCGGAGCCUCUCACCCCGGGGACACGCACCUGGACGGCUCGUCGCUGCCGCCCACCACGCCCGGGUCGGCCUCAGCGCACACACCCCGCGACGAUAACGUGUCCAUGGCGUCCUCUGGGGCAGCAGGCGUUGCCGGGGCGACGGGACAGGGAGCAGAGCUGCUGACAGUCACGAUGGUGAAAGGCGCAGAGGGUUUUGGGUUCACGAUCGCCGACAGUCCUACUGGUCAGCGAGUUAAGCAGGUGUUGGAGCCUGGUUCACAGGGAGCAUCGGGACUGAUCGAAGGAGACCUGAUCCUUGAGGUGAACCAGCAGCCGGUGGCUGCAGCAGGACAUGGACGAGUGGUGGAGAUGCUCAAAGAGUGUCCAGUAGGAGCAGAGGCAACACUUCUCAUACAGAGAGCAGGAACAGGUCACAUCUCCCCAUGGAAGGCCUCCAAACAGUGGGACCCUCAGGGCAGUCCUCAGACAAACCUGACCGGUUCCGUCCUGCCACCCGGCACGCCCUUCCCAAACCAACCACAACACCGUACAUCUGUACCCGACUCCACAGAAGGCUUUGACCUGAACAAACCCGACCCUUAUGACCUUUAUGAGAAGUCGAGGGCCAUCUAUGAGAGCAGACGUCCUGAGUACGAGGAGGUUGAGGUGCAUCUGCUGAGGGAGAAAACUGGCUUCGGCUUCCGCAUCCUGGGGGGAGACGAGGCCGUGCAGGCUGUGAGUCCGGACGCCCGUGACAAGAUUGUUAUUGGCGCUAUAAUAGAGAACACUCCCGCUGAGCGCGACGGCCGUCUUCGACCCGGGGACGAGCUAAUUUCAGUGGAUAAAAACGUGGUUGCUGGGAAACCGCACAAAUACGUCAUUGACUUGAUGCACGCAGCCGCCCGCAAUGGUCAAGUGAGCUUGACUGUGAGGAGGAGAGUGCAGAUGCCUGCUCUUUUUCUCUCCUACCCUUCAGGAGAGCCCUGUCCAGUAAACGGUCGCAGCCCCGGUUCGGUGUCGACGCAGCACAGCUCUCCGCGCAGCGAUGCAGCCUCCGCACCGGUCCCAGUCGCCGCAAACGCUCCCGCUGCCACCUCCCUCUCGGAGGGAUCCGCCCUGCAAACCAGCGACGUGGUUAUUCACCGCAAGGAGAAUGAGGGCUUUGGCUUUGUUAUCAUCAGCUCCCUGAACAGACCAGAGAACACCACAGUCAUCACUGUGCCCCACAAAAUCGGACGCAUCAUCGAGGGAAGCCCGGCGGACAGAUGUGGGAAGCUGAAGGUGGGGGACCGAAUCCUGGCUGUGAAUGGCCAGUCCAUCAUCAGCAUGCCGCACGCAGAUAUUGUCAAGCUCAUCAAAGACGCCGGACUAACAGUCACACUGCACAUCAUACCAGAAGAAAAAUUUUGUUUCAACCCUCUGUCCAUCACAGGUUCCCAGUCUGGACCCAACUCAGAGAAACAGAGCCCCAUGACCCAGAAACACAGCCCGCAGACCCAGCCCAGUCCUGUAGCCCAGCCAAUCCAAGGAGGCACCCAGUCAAGCCAAAUGGCCGCUCAGUCCGGCCAAACGACGGCUCAGCCGGGUCAAGCGCCGGUCCAGCCUGGCCAGACGGCAGCUCACACCAACCAAACGGUGGGUGGGCCUCCUGCAGCAGCAGCAGCCUCCCAGCCUGCACCAGCCGCGACCCAGCAGAGCCCGAUCACCCAGCCCUCUGGCCUUCCUCCGCAGCUCUACCUCCAUGACGGCAGGAAUUCUUACCCACCAUUAUCCUGGUCAGAGGUAAAAGCAAGGCAGGACGUCAAACCAGAUUUCCGCCACCCUCCGUUCACCGACUAUCGGCAGCCUCCCGUGGAUUAUCGUCACCCUCCGGUGACUGAUUACCGCCAGCCUCCAACGCUGGACUACCGACACCCGCCUGGCCUUCUGGACUUUAGGCAGCAUCCUGCUGCAGCGCAGUUCCCUUUGGGAAUCCCCGCUGACUUCAGGCCACAGGACUACGAUUAUUUCACAGUGGAGCUGGAGAAAAGUGCAAAGGGUUUCGGCUUUAGCAUUCGCGGGGGCAGAGAGUACAGCAUGGACCUGUUUGUGCUGCGGCUUGCAGAGGAUGGCCCUGCCAUACGAAACGGAAGGAUGAGGGUGGGGGAUCAGAUCAUAGAGAUUAACGGAGACAGCACCCGGGACAUGACUCACGCCCGUGCCAUUGAACUCAUAAAGGCAGGAGGCAGGCGGGUCAGGCUGCUGCUGAAGAGGGGCACAGGACAGGUCCCGGAAUAUGACUGUGUCAGCCCCUGGGAUUCCCUUUCUACAGCCCACUCUGCCCUGCAGGAAGUGACCCUGGACACCCAUCUGAAUCCAUUACUUCCCUCCCAUCCAGCUUCAUCCCCGGACUCCCCUCAUCGGCUCCAUCUAGAGGCCAAAGUGUGCAUGGCAGACAAGGCGCCGCUGACAGACCACGGCUCCAUUAGAAGGGCAAAAGGUGGCAGGUCCACUGAGCAGAAGUGUGUCAACAUGGGGCAGGGAACCCUUCAGGGGUCCGUGGAGGUGAACCGUGCACCUGGAGAAAAGCCGCCUCGGGGUUUGUCUCACAAAGCUGUUGUUGGAAGGUCUGUCGAGAGGAGAGAGAGGCAGAAGGAGAGCUGCUCGCCCUGCUGUGAGAGGAAGGGCCGGCAAACACACGCAGCGGGCACCGUUUCUCCCUGGGACCCGUAUGUGACAGUGAAUCUGAAUGGAGCAUCUUUGGGAGGAGGAGAUGGUCCUGUCAGCCUCCAGGAAAGGCUGAUGUCCAGGAACCUGUUCCCCAGAGAAGACGAGAAGGCCAGCGGCCACAGUGGGGUUUGCUGCCCUUCUAAAACCAUCGAAGGUCCUCCAGCGAGGAGCGCAGCUGCCUCCCCGGGGCCCUGGAACAUCCCCGGGCCCGACAAGCUGCCUGGCACCCUGAGGUCCUGGACCUCCACGGUGAGCAGGUAGAAUGGAUCCUCACACUGUUUGGCUCCGCAUUCAGUUCCCAUCACCAGGAAAGCAUCUUCCUUCAACCUCACUGUCCUGAUUUCCUCUCCGCCUGCGUAUGAAGUCUGUUUUUACAUGUAUUUUUAUUCAUACAAGAAGAUUAUUACACCCACUACCUUAAGGACUGGAGAAACUUUUAAGAAACCUGAUGGAGGACGCUCACACGUGAGCGCUGAUGUACCGAUCAAGUCUCAUUUAAAAGUGCAGAGCUUCACACCUUUACCUGCUCAGCUGCAGGUAUACAAGGGGGGGAAAUAAGUACUGAACCCAUUUUUCUCUGUAAGUAUAUUUCUAAAGGGCCCAAUGACAUGGGAAAACUUUGUUCUGUAUGCACUCUGUACAUACAAAAUGACAAUGAAGUUGUCUAAGUCUAAGACAUGAAAUCAGACCAGAGGUGGGUAACAACACAUAUAAUGAAAUCAACACACACAAAUCUCUAGAUUUUAUGUAACAAGGUGAAAUGCACAGGGAGUAAGUAAUGUCUUCAAAUGCCAAAGGCUUCUAAGCGGCUCUUCAGUUCUUUCCUCAGAUUAUCAGUUGGAUUCAAGUCUGAUAACUGACUGGACCAUUACAGGACCCUUAUUUGUUCCUAACAAAUCAGUGAAAACCUUUCCUUUGAUGUGGGUUUGGGAUCAUUGUCUUGCAGAAAAACAACCUUGGUUUCAACUUUUAUCAAAUAUGUCCUGAUCCAUUUUUCAUCGCCCUUCUGCCAGUACCACAUGAUGAAACCAGCCCCACGCCAUGGCGUUUCCACCUCCAAACUUCACUCUUUCCGUGGAAUUUUUGGGAAAAUGCGCAACUUGAAGAUGUGUAGCAAACAGUAAACAAACCCUGACAUGCUUCUUUUUUUUUUUUUUUCAGCAGUGGAGUCUUGUGCAGCGAACCUUCAUAGAGUGCAUUGUUUUCAUGGACAAACCUUUUCUGUUAAUUCCAGGCUGAUCUAAAGCUUUCUCUGGGUUUUCCUUUACACUUGGACUUUCUGAUUAUUCUUUUUAACCCCUCGCUGCGAAAACUUGAAAGGAGCGCCUGGUCGUCUGAUCGAUGAUGAAAUUAUCUUCUUGUCACUUCUGAAUUAGUGCUCCAAUGGUCCUGACUGGAACAUUGAGAAGUUCAGCUUGUAACUAAUGCUGUAAAGUGUGUUUUGCCAACAAUAAUCCUUUGGAAGAUCUGCAGAGAGCUCUUUGUGCCACAUACCUUGGUAAUAGAAAUCUUUCACUAGACGUUCAGUCAGGACUAAACCAGCUGAUAUUAGUUUGCGCUGGUGGGGAGCGUGGGUUUUCUAAAUACUGGCAGAUUUAAGCUGUUUUGGUGCAUUUUUGUGCCUAAUUUGGUUUGUAUAUUCCCUGUGACAUUUCAUCUUAUUAUACUAAACUAAUCUAUGAAUUAAUGGUACAUUAUUUUCAUUAGUGGUGUCUACUUUGGUCAUUAUUGACAUGUGAUAUUGUUUAUAUAUAU